UGAAAUUUUAAAUGUCAACGUUUUUUAAUGUUUACCACAAUUUUAUGUUGAUAUUUAGGUUAAUUUAUUAGUAUUUGUAUCGUUAUUUUAAUUGUAAAUCGAUUAUUAGCGCCCGACCGCCAUGUGGAGUACGACAAAUGUCCGUCCUGGCUAAAUAUUGACACGCCACUGAAAUGUCCAUAAAUGUUAACGUUAAUGGAAAUCCCAUUUCAAUUCGGGGCGGAAGAAUGGUCACCGCCAAUCCAAAUUUUGAUAGCAGCAGAGAAUUUCAAAAACGCAGACGCAUCAGGAUACAGCAGCAGUCCAAAGACAUCGCGGAGAAUGUUCGCAAUAAAGUUCGCAGAGAGCAAAGCAAGAAGUUGUCCGAAGUCGAAAGGCAAGGCGAAAACGAACGGAAGAAGUGGCAGGCCAGGAAACUACUCGCUUUGCAAGAGCAGUACAACGAGUGUCUCAAGGAUAUCGGGCUCGGUCACGCUCAGGCGACUCUAGAGGAGGAAUCCGAGGAGCGGUUGCUGAUGGAAAGGGAGAGCAGUGCUAAAUUAAUGAAGGAGCGAGGUGUCGAGGCCGUGCAGAGAUUAAAAGAGAAGAUUCAAAACGAGAAGAAGGACAGAUUGGAAGGCGUCGAAAGGCGAAAAUAUAAUAAGGCCGUGGAAAACGCGAGAUCGGCAAUGAUAGUUUCUUUGCAAAAGUCGCAAAGUCCGUUUAAAAAGAAAAAGAAAAUGUCGACUAAUAUCGAUAUCGUGGUGAGUGAUACGGAGUCUGAGCCCGAAGUGCCUGUUAAUACGCGACGUUUUAGUACAUCUGAUAUUAGUAUUCCUGUUAACAAUGACUUUUUGGAAGUUUCAGAGAGAGGAGUACAGGCAGACUUGCCAGAGUCUUCUAAGCGAGAACCCGAAACUGAUACACUAACAAGUCUAGUUUAUCCGCUCGACACUAGAAUAUCGGACAGAAUUAAAAGGCGCAGACUGAAAUGUGCGAGUUGCGAUUUAUCGAGCGGCCUUCUUAGUAAUAAAUGUGACGAGUUAAAUUCGGAACCUGCGGUCCCCGAUCGCGAAUUGCCCGUUAGAGAACUGUACAAGUACGAUCACGAAAGAUACCAACAGCCAGCAACCGCACUCCAAGCCGAUCUACCGGCUAAGCCGACGGUUAAGUUACGAACGACCUCACGAACACAGGCGUCCUCGACCAGCGGUAACAAAGUGCAAUAUUACGAUUAUCCGAAUCGGUUUGUAAAAGAGUACGAGGCCCCGCUCUCGAGCGUACAUCGCGUGAGCGAAGGUAGCAUUGAGGUGUGUCCGAGCACGGGUAGCGAGGUCGAGUACGUUGAGCAGAUGUACCAACGGGACCGCGACGCGCAAGUACGAGGACAAAAAGCGAUGGAGAAGGUGAAGGUGCGUCGGGAUUACAAAGAGAUGCUCGAUCAACUGUCGAAGCUGCAAAAGAAAGAGCGCAUCGCCUCGAUUUCGUCCACCAAACCCCAAGUGCACAUGUCGCGCGAACGCUUCAAGCAAUUCGAACGAAAGCGCCAAAAUCGAUUGGAGAACGCCUACGAGAGACUGUUCCCGCAGACGCAGAUAGUGACGAUACCCCCGCGAACGCCAACCCCACCUUCGACUUCGGUCAGGCAGCCGAAAUCGAAGGCGAACGUGGGCGUUUGGGAUUUCGAAAGUAAAUCCGGUCGCGCCGCAAGUCCGAGGUUAGAGCAGGUUUCCGAACGAGACGCGGCGAAACGAAGCGAGGAUCUGCAGAAGAUGCUCAAGUCGUUAACCGAGCAGCGAGAUAAGGUCGCGAAGGAACUGCAAUCGCUGCCGAAAACGAGCAAGUUGCAUAAGAUUGUCGGGGAUCUGACGUGCAUCGAUCAAAUUCUUGAUAAGGGACGAGCUAUGGAUAAAUCCUCGGCACAGCAGACCCGUCCACAGACCGGUGGAAGUUCCAAACCGAAAAAUCAAGAUGGGGCUCAAAAGUCUAGUUCCGAAAAACGCGCCGAAGCUUCUCCUGAAAGAAAAACAGUAAAGAGUUCGAAAGUAGAUCAGAAAACAUCACCAAAGCCACCGCCGCCGCCUCCGAAAGAAUUUAAACAGAAAGUUCAACAGACGGUAGCCACACAGACUGCAACGGUAGAUGCGGUAACGGAGACAGACGCGCUGACCACAGACAAAGCUGUGAACACCUCGUUGGUUAAGGAAAAAUCAAAAUCGGGGGUCAAGUGUAGGUGCUCUUCUAAAUCUAAAGAUCAGUGCGAGAUCAUCAUAAAAAUUUGCGACCAAACUGCCAAUCAACAGAAACCUGUCAGUCCGCCCCCAGUGUGUGGUAUGGAGCGUAAAGGACCACCAAGAUCUGAUAUUAAGAGUGCUGCAAAACUUGCUGAGCCAAAGAAACUUCCAGUUAAAACGGAUGGGAAGAAUAACGCUUCGUGGCGCGACAUUUUGAUUCAAAACACCAGUACGAGCACCUCAUACUGUAGUCCCCCAGAUUUUCAACCAGUAACCCACCCACAGAAAAAGGCAUUCAAAAACAUUCUAAAAGACAUACCUCAACAGCAAAAUGUUGUUAACGAAACGGCGCCCUCCACAACACCACUGCUGCAAGAUCAAAUUAAACACCUGUUGGCAAUGUCCCGGGGAUCCAUUGAGGAAUUAACCGUGAGUACGGUCAGCGAUGUCUCCACCCCUACCACCAGCGUUAUCGAAAUGUCAUCCAACAAUCCCCAACGUCACUUAUCGCACAUCAUGACGCACUUCGCUCUACACCAAACGCCAGAAAACUUCACGUGUUCAACUCCGACCAGUCCCCAUCCGUCAUUAAAGGGAGUGGACAUCGGUUGCCAGUGCGUCGACGAUUACGCCUCGGAAAACUAUCCCGAAGUCCUGACCACUUACAAUAAAAUGGCGGAGAGCUGCGCGAAAAAAAUCGAAAACUUGGCGUCGAUGAUCGAACGCGUUCGUCUCGAAAAGCGGGACAUACUCGACAGGCCGCCGAGCGGCAGCGACAAGGAGGAUUCGACCAAGUACCUAGAUUUGCCUUCGAACCGAGACAACAGCCCCUCUCCGAGGGGGCACGAUCCGUUGACCUCCAAUCUUCUGCGGACCGAUUUCGACUACCGCGAGCAGUUAGAGCGGAAACGGACGGACGACGGAAAUUCGCCCGAGCCCAAUCUGACGAAUCACGAGUUGAUUCGCCGCUUUCGGAAGUUGAAGGAAGACGACGCGGAACCGGCGACGGACACGCUGUGGUUGGACAUACCGAAGCUUCCGAAAUUUGAAGAAAAUCCCAAUCGAGCGCCGAACGCGAGGAAACCUCCCCCGUCGCGCGGUAUCACAAUCGCGAUGCGCCAUCAUCAGGACAUUAACGUUUUACCUCACGAGUUAUCCGCCAUACCCGAAGUUGACAGUUUCGCGUCGAACAGGCCCCAGAACAGCGGCCGGAGUAGAGACCAGUCGCUGCAUAAAGAGGAGGCCGAAAACAAAUCGUGCCAAGCCGAUUGUAAAGAGUCGUCUAGCAGCAUAAGUCUCCCGGAUAUCCUCAGCGAACUGGACGUGAUAAACGUACUAAACACCCAAAGAGCAUCUCUGGAGGAAACUUCCGAAAAAUCGUCGUCCAACAAAAGUACAGGCACGAUUAGCAUACCGAGCAACAGUUCGUCGAACGAUAUCGACAUCGAAACGACACUGAAAAGUUUGGGUAUGGGCUGGGCGGUGACGACCCUUAAAAAAACCCAACAAGCCCUCGCUCUGACCUCUUCGAGUUCCAGCUCGAUAGAUCUAAGUCAAAGCAAGCUUAACGGAUCCGGUAGUAUUUUAUCGGCGUUUUUACACGGGCUGGCCUUCGAUGUGACUCCCAACCCAAAUUCUACAUCGAGUGGUAAUAAAACAUCACGAAAGACGUCUACUCCCUUACAGAAAGAUGACACUUUGAAAACAAAUACGCAACCGAAUAUUUUAUUGACGGCCGAAUCGGAUAUUUCGUCCAUACAACACAGCGCUAACGACCAGACUGCCAAUUUGAUACAAUUUUAUAGCUUAAACGAAGGAUCUUUAGAUCAAAGUAAAGACAUUAAUUGAUAUUGCUCAAUUCUGUGAUAGUUUCCUCCUUUGUGUAUACGAAAUGUAAAUGAUUAUUAUUGAUACUUUAAGAAUAAAUUUAUGAUUUUAUUGAUUAUUAAA